AUGCCGCUAAGCGUAAUAAGAAAAGGCGUCCUCAAGAACAAGAGAAGAAGCACCAGCAGCAACCAAGAGAGCCACAAUAUUAGCACAAUAGAAAAACUCGCGCCAUUAGGGACAGAUAUCUCUGGACCGGAACUUGUAGCCCCCGUCGCUAAUGCUGGAGGAAUUGGUCUUCUCAGAUGUCUUGAUUGGGAGCGUCCUUAUUACUUGGUGAUACCUGUAGAGACUGCAUGA